UAAUGUAAUUUUGUAAACUUCGGGAGAUACCAACUAGGCAUUAGCUGUUGAAGUUGUCGCGAAUUCUAUAUGAGGCACUACUUUUGAACGUCCGUCCAUUACGGGGAAAAAGCCCAGAAAAAUGAAGAGAGCAGAAUAUUAUUGGGGUGGUAGUAGUUUUCUUAAGCCAAAAGGUAUCCAAUCCAUGUCAUCGUGGUUGACCCUACUCUGCCUCUGCCCCUUUUGCCUAUGUGCUUAUUCUGGAAAGGAGAAGCCUUCGGCUUACGAAGCUCUUGAGCAAUACGACUUUCCUGUGGGUCUUCUUCCACAGGGUGCAACCGGCUAUGAUUUGAAGCCCAACACCGGUGAGUUCUCGGCUCAUCUAAAUGGCACCUGCAGCUUUUGGCUGACGAAUUUAUACAAGCUGAGGUACAAGUCCACCAUAUCCGGAGUGAUAUCGAAGGAUCGGCUCACCAAACUCAGAGGUGUUAGCGUUGAAGUGCUGAAGCUGUCGUUGAAGAUAGUGGAGGUAAGACGGAAUGGGGAAGAUCUUGAGUUCUCGGUUGGUAUCACCUCCGCCAAGUUUCCGGUCCGUGAUUUUGAGGUGUCUCCCCGGUGUGGAUGUGGGUUUAAAUGUGUUACAGGUGGUGGUGAUUGGAAAAAUAACUGGUAUCUGUCUUCGUCUUUACACUACUGACUUGUUAGGGGAGAUUUUCACUUCAAAGUUAAAUCAUCACUUUUUUACAGUCCAUUCGGAUUUGAAUUAGCAAAAGAGUCUGCAAUGAAAGCAAAUAGGUAAUGAGUAUUUGUUGCCGCGCCGGGGCGGGCAUCCUGUAUAUUCUAUACAGUCCAUCACUUUGUUAAAAAUACCGGCGACUGUGCAAUUUGUGGCUUGUGUGGGAUUACCGGUGGUGGAACUUGAAACCCAAGCCCAAGCCCAAGCCCAAGCCCAGGGAGUCCGGAUUGCGUCCGUAGAAGUUCAGUCUGACACUUGAGAACGGGACCCAACAACAAUCAAUCCUAAAUAUUCAUUUCCUGA